CGCUGUUUCGGCUUGCAGCCUCCAGAAGCUGCGGGCACAGCGCUGUCUCCGCCCCGGUGCUCCGGCUUCCAUCCCCAUCAGCCCGGCCUGUGGGCCAUGGAGCUCCGAGCAGCGGAUCGUGAGCCUCCGGCGCGCCCCAACCUGCCCGCACGCAGGUGCCUGGCUCCUACCCCUUCUCAUCCCGAGCCCUGGAGACAGCAGCGCCUGGACUGCUGAGGGACUGCGACAGCAUGAAGGCUCCAGGUCGCCUCCUGCUCAUCAUCCUGUGCUCCUUGGUCUUCUCUGCUGUCUAUGCCCUCUUGUGCUGCUGGGCCUGCCCGCCCCUCUGCCUGGCAACCUGCCUGGACCACCGCCACCCUAUCCGCUCCGAGCCCACCGUGCCAGGGCCCCUGCACUUCAGUGGAUACAGCAGCGUGCCAGAUGGGAAGCCGCUGGUGCGUGAGCAGUGCCACAGCUGUGCCGUGGUGUCUAGCUCUGGCCAGAUGCUGGGCUCGGGCCUGGGUGCCCAGAUUGACGGGGCUGAGUGUGUGCUACGCAUGAACCAGGCGCCCACCGUGGGCUUUGAGGCGGACGUGGGCCAGCGCAGCACCCUGCGCGUGAUCUCACACACGAGUGUGCCGCUGCUACUGCGCAACUACUCACACUAUUUCCAGCAGGCCCGUGACACACUGUACGUGGUGUGGGGCCAGGGCAAGCACAUGGACCGGGCGCUGGGCGGUCGCACCUACCGUAUGCUGCUGCAGCUCACGAGGAUGUAUCCGGGCCUGCAGGUGUACACCUUCACCGAGCGCAUGAUGGCCUACUGCGACCAGGUCUUCCAGGACGAGACGGGCAAGAACCGGAGGCAAUCGGGCUCUUUUCUCAGCACGGGCUGGUUCACCAUGAUCCUUGCCCUGGAGCUAUGUGAAGAGAUCGUGGUCUAUGGAAUGGUCAGUGACAGCUACUGCAGGGAGGAGCGCCCCCCCUCGGUGCCUUACCACUACUUCGAGAAGGGCCGGCUGGACGAGUGUCAGAUGUACCUGGCGCACGAGCGGGCGCCCCGCAGCGCCCACCGCUUCAUCACCGAGAAGGCCAUUUUCUCCCGCUGGGCCAAGAAGAGGCCCAUCGUGUUCGCCCACCCGUCCUGGACGACCGAGUAGCCCCUGUCGCCUGACCAGCUACCCUACUUUCUUCAGGCCUCCGUCCCACCCCAGGCUACCACACUCCACCAAAAACAUUUUAUUUAUGGAUCCUGCCUCCUGCCACAUGCAGGUGGACCUAAGGUUCCUUCCUUCCCUGCCCUGGGGAUACUCGGAGCCUUCUUUGGCCUCACGGCUUGAGGGGGAGCAGAGGGACGUCCCUCAUCUCCACCCCCCGCUCCCUGAGUACUCCACGUCACUCUGGGGUCCAUCCCACCUCCAGGGCUGCCAAGUGGCCUUUGUCCCUGGGGCUGAUGGCCCCCACUCACCAGCAUCAUGACCUUGUGCCAGUCCUGGCCCUUCCUCCACGUCCAGCUGCCUUUGGUGCCACACUUCCCGGGCCAGUGGCCGUGGUUGGGGCAGCUGAGGGCCUGGGCUCUGGUGGGUGAAGGGCCCUUUGAGCUGUGACUGCCAGGGCCAUCUCAGGAGCAUACGGGUAAAUGAGUGUUUUCUGGACACUGUCUCUAGCGUGCUCAUGUGUCUGGGGUGGGGAUAGGGGCCUCUCUCCCUGUCACAAUCCCAUAACCUGUUGAUUUGAGGGCAGGCCAACCCCAGCCACCUGGUUGGUGGGCAUUUCAUCUGUCUCCCACCAGGCUAGGGCUCCUUGAGGGUCUGGGCCCUUGGCUGCUCGGGCCCAGGAAACUGAUGCCAAGUCAGGGGCUUGUUUGGCACCCCCCGCUGUGCACCCAGUGGGAGGAGAGCCAGGGCCCAGGAGCAAAUGACUCGGUGGGAAGGAAGUUUCUCCACUCCCUGUUACUUCCCUGGUCCAUAGGUCAAAUUCCAAACACUUUGCCUGUUAAUUUCCCUAUUAAUUUGGGGGUUGGUCCCUCUGCAAGAUAGGAAGGCAGAUGGCAGCCCCGGGUAGGUACGUGAGGGGGCAGAACCACCAGCGCAUCCUUAACGAAGCUGUGCAGCCACCCUGGGAGAGGGGCUUGUGUUAACCCACUUCACAGAUAGAGCGAGGCCACCCUGGCUAAGCUGGGUGCAAUCCCAGGUCUGCCCCCGGGGCUGGAGAGAGCCCACAAGGACUGUGUCUCCUCUCUCCACCCCCUCCUUCCUGCAUUUGGAGACUGGGAAACUCACAGAGGGCCAGCUGGGAUGGAGCCCUGGGUUCCAGCACCUAGCUCCAGGGGUCUGGGCCUGCUUCAUGGCUGAGUGGCCUGUGCUUAAUGCUCUGCCGCCACUGACAUGAAAUUCUUUUUUAUUUUUUUAAAUUUUGGCAGCUGGCCAGUAUAGGGAUUGAACCCCAGACCUUGCUGUUAUCAGCUCCACGCUCUAACCAACUGAGCUGACUGGCCAGCCUGGGAAAUUCUCAAUAUACAUUUUUUUAACAAGGGGCCUCACAUUUUUGUUUUGCAUCGGACCCCAGAAAUGAUGUAGGCUGUCAUGUCAGGGGGCUCUGGGUGGCCUAGCGCACUCUCACUCCCAUCCCCAGCCUUCUCAGGAGAGUCUGGAUCCUGGCACCCGGCCCACAGCACUGCCUGUGUGUUCUGCCUCCCCCUCCCCAGUGCCAGGCAGGUCCAGAAGGCUCUGCAAGUGUGGCAGGAGGGAAGAGAGCCUUGAGCUGGGGACACAGGGGCGGGCUGGCAGCCAAACCGCAUCUACUGGCUUGGCAGUGACCAGGGUUCUUGAGCAGAUGUUGGGCUGAGGUAAGGGUGGGAUGUCACAUGGCAGGUGCAGGGGAUUUCCAGGCGCAGAGGGAGGGGUCCUAGAGUCAGACCUGGCCUCAUUCUGGCUCCACUUCCUGCUGUGGGACCCUGGCAGAGUAAUGCCCCUCUCUGGGCCUCAGUUUCCUCAUCUAUAAAAGGUAUUAAAAUUGUUCCUACCUCAUGGAUUGUAUGAAUUCAGACAUUGAACUGUCC